AUCAAAGGUAAAUAAUGAUAUUGUAGAUUGUUUAGGUGGAUCUGAUGAACGUCAGAUAUGUCGAAUACAUGCACCCGAUUGCGCUGUCUGUCGAUUUCUAUGUCGAAGUUUUACUAAUCCAGAAACCAUGUAUAUUAAACCUUAUGAUUUUUGCAAUAAAAAUCCGACUUGUUCAUUUUAUGAUGAUGAAAUAUUUUGUCUUGAACGUAAUUUUACUACAAAGCUUAUUUGUGAUAAUCCAUUAGAUAUAACUCAUACAAAUGUUGAAACAUUUCUUUGUGGUUUAACCGAUUCUUCAAAGAAGUCAAUUGUCUAUUUUUUAUUAUAUUUUAAUGAAAUAAAUAUGAAAAUUCAUCAUGAUUCAAAUAAUAUAUUAGAACAAAAUAAAAUUUUUAUGAAAUAG